CUCACCCUUGUGCUGAUUUUAGGAGCUCAAGGUGCUGCCGGAGGCGUUGCAGCAAGAGCGGCGCGCAGGAGCGGCGACAAGCAGCCGCAGUCAGAUUCUUCUUCCGCUGGAGACUCUGGAUUGAAGAAGGGGUCUGAGGUCCCUGGUGGAGAAAGGGAGGCGAGGAGGAGGUUUCCCUUGGACUCUAGGCCAUCAAACCAGAAAACCAAACCAUGUCACAGGUCAUACAGAACCACGUGUUGCGUGUUGGACAGACGGUGUGUGUUUCCUCGCAGGAGGGAAGCAAGAGCUUGCACCCAGCGGGGUACCCGGGCUGCUCCGGGUGCUACUACUCAACGGAGGGCUGGGCCGACCCGUCCGCGGUGGUGCACACCAACGCACGCCUGCUUCCCGUGCUCGAGCAUGUGGCGGCUCACGCGCAGGGGAAGGGGCAGCAGGAGACCUCUUUGGAGAGACCCACUGCCCCGCAUCAGCUCAAGGAGGAGGAGGACACCAGCACGGACCCCGAGGUUCACCUGAUGUCUCCUACCUUGGACAUAUCAAUAGAGAGUCUCAACCGGCUGAUCCUGGAAAUCGAUCCGACCUUCCAGCCGCUCGCGUGCAAGCCGGCGAAGGGUGCACUCCAGCCUGCUUCCCGGGGUGACGCUGCUGCCACCGGGAAGCAAGGUCCAGAGGCAAUAGACAUCAAAUACAUAGAGAUGCCAGGCAGAGCCACGUGUCCCGAGCUGCUGCCGCGCUCCCCCAGCCCUUCGGGCACGCCGUUCUCGAGGUCCCCCCAGAACAACGGCUUCCUGCCCCAAAAAGGGGUCCUCAGAGGCAACUACAGCACCAGUGGCAGCGUGGUUUUCUCGAGCCCCCCUGGACCCGCGAGCCCCUGCUUGGGCAGCCUGACCUGCGCGGCCUCCCCGACCCGCAGCAAAGCCUCCGAGGGCAUCGCCGUCCCCCAGCCGCGCGCGGCUGGCCAGACAGACAGCAUCUCCUACGGCCCCGGGGCGCUCGGCACCUCCCCAGGCUUCGACAAUUUUCUGAAGCCGGUGCCCAUGGUGAGGGCCCAGCAGAGGAGCAGCUGGGUGUCCCUGCUCUCCACGAGCCCCGGCUCUGACACCAGUUACAUCCUUGGAAGCAGCACCCACUCGCUCCACAACGACGACUCGGAUGCUCACCCCACUGCCUGCCGCGCCGCUGGCUGCCUGUCCCCUGCCAGCCCCCUGGGCAGCCCCUGCCCACCUUCCCCGAGCAUCAGGUCUCACUCUGGAGAAGCUUUUGGCCUCAGUCCCCACCAGCCUGGGGCAGCCUGCUCCACCAAAGCCAACGCCUCCCCCUCCCAGAAGGGACAGGCCAGCAGCUGCCCCCCCUCCAUCCUCAACUCCGCAGCCGACAUCCCAGUGCUGCUGGUGAACGGGUGCCUGGAACAAGGAGACGUGUCUGCCAGGCUGGCCAAAGUGCCCCCCGCCUCCGCCAAGCAGCCCCCAGCUCCCAGCUGCAGCCCGGCCCCGAGGCUCGGUGGCCUCAACACCGCACUGUCGGCACCAGCGCUCUCCUGCGUCUCAGACAGUCCCCUCAGGGCUGGACAGCCGACCAUGAAGUUUGUGAUGGACACCUCGAAAUACUGGUUCAAGCCGAGCAUAACCAGGGACCAAGCGAUCCAGCUGCUGAAGGACAAGGAGCCAGGCACGUUCGUUGUGCGGGACAGCACGUCGUACCGGGGGUCUUUUGGGCUGGCGAUGAAGGUUUCCGUCUCUCCAUCGGGCAGCCAGACAGGCGACGAGAGCAGUGACCUCGUCCGGCACUUCCUCAUCGAGUCGUCUGCCAAAGGGGUGCACCUGAAAGGAGCCAGCGAGGAGCUGUAUUUCGGGAGCCUCUCUGCCUUCGUGUAUCAGCAUGCCAUCACCCCGCUGGCACUGCCCUGCAAGCUGAGCAUCCCCACCCGGGAUCUUGCUGAUGGAGAAGACGUCCCUGACUGCGCCCCAGAAUCCGCACUGUCGCUGCUGAAGAGAACUGCUGUGUGCAACGUCUUGUACCUCAACUCUGUGAACGUGGAGACGCUGACGGGAGCCCCCGCCAUCCAGAAAGCCAUCUCCUCCACCUUCGAGCUGGAGACGCUGCCCACUCCCACCCUCGUGCACUUCAGGGUGGCCGAGCAGGGGGUGACGCUGACGGACAUCCAGAGGAAGGUGUUUUUCAGGCGACACUACCCCUUGGCUGCCAUCAGGUUUUGCGGGAUGGACCCCGAGAACAGAAAGUGGCAGAAGUACUGCAAGUCUUCGAGAAUCUUUGGGUUCGUGGCCAAAAGCCAGACAGACUCGGAGAACCUCUGUCACCUGUUUGCAGAGUACGACACAGUGCAGCCAGCGUCGCUUGUCAUCGAUGUUCUCUGCAAGCUCCUGCCAGGCCCGUAGAGGACAGAAACCCCGGGACAGCUCAGAGCUGGCGGCUGCCCGCACGCUGCCGAGCUUUUCCUGCUCACCCUUUCCUGCUUCUGGGUUGCAUUUUGGCAACAGCCCGUAUUUAUAUUUUUUUUGUUACGUACCGUCACGUCAAGAGUCUCAGUUAAAGGUUCCGUGCUCUGGUGGGACGAGACGCUCUCCCGAGCCCCGUGGCGGGGCAUCGCGUGGCAGCGGUGCCGGGGCUGCGGGACGGGAGCCGUGCUCCCCUCACCCGGCAGGCACCGGCCGCUUUGCUCUGCAGGACCGAAAUCCUCUGGCUGGGAUUUCUGCUGGCAACGGGGUGCCCAAGCGGAGGUGCGUUCGGUGGAGCUCAGCUCCUGCCUUCGGGGACUCAGCCCUAACCCCCCCCAACGCCGCAGGAGGGGGGGGUCUGAUGCAGGCAGGGGGGGACUCACCUCCCUGAUAACAGACCAGCAUCAGCAGGCAGUUUUGCAAUUCAAAGCGUAUAAAAUCACGGGGCCCUGCUGAAAAAUUCUGCUUCCCUCCAAGAGCAAGAUGCAUCCAAAGGCAGAAAUGUCAGACCAGCCUGUUUCUGCGUGACGCUGGUAAACUCUCCUGCCCUUUUUUGCAAAGCAGGGUUACAGGCUAGCUCAACCUCCAGGCAUCGCGGCAAGCUGAGAAAUAAAUGUUGACAUUUUCAUGACAGUCAAAUGUUGGGUUUUUGGAAAUGGCUUACGAGAAUUUGGGCCAGAUCCUCAGAUGACGUAAAUUGGCGCAGCCCCGUGGAAGUCAGUGCGGCCGUGAUUUACACCAGCUGAAGAUUCAGCUCUUGCUGUAAUGUCAGAGUGGAGUAGGGCAGCUCCGAGCCCACCACAGUCAUCUCCCUUAGCACUCGCUUACCUCGUGCCUCUAUGUUGUUUUAAUUUUGGACCCCGUGCUAACAAACCCCGCUCGGGUGUAUUUUCAAUAAAGCAGAGGACCCUUGAUCUCGCCGCAAGCACUGCAGAGAUGUCAGCGGCUGAAA